AUGUUGAGCACAAUAACAUCAACCAAGGCUACACCAGCCGUGGAUCUGAAGGCUGCUCAAAGUACCGUCACACAGAUUCUUCCCACAGACGAUGAAUCCAAGACAGGUCCCUCCACAGAGCAAUGCCUCGAGACUGAGUCGCGAUACUGCAUGGAAGGCAUGGCCUCCCAUCCCAUCGUGAUGAAGAGGGGCCAGGGAUCGUUGCUCUGGGACAUUGAUGGCAAGAGAUAUAUCGACUUCAAUGCCGGUAUGGCCUCCUGCAACCAAGGCCAUUGUCACCCCAAGAUUGCGCAAGCCAUGAUCGAGCAGUGUCAAACUCUGACAAUGCCCUCCCGUAAUGUUCACGUCCAGCAGUGCGGCGAAUUCUGUAGGAAGAUUUGCGAAAUCACGGGCUUCGACAAGGUCGGCUUGGGGAGCAGCGGCGCCGAGGCCGUAGACCUCGCGGUCAAAGUCGCUCGCGCUUGGGGCUACAAGGUCAAGGGCAUUGAGGAAGACAAGGCUCUUGUGCUGGCUGUCACUUCCAAUUACCAUGGCCGCACGCUCAGCCUUCUGUCUGGAUCGACCAAUGAGGCCUACAGAGCAAACUGCGGGCCUUGGAUGCCUAAUAUCGGUCCCUAUUGCGCUGGAAACGAGGUACGCUUCAACGUUAUUGAAGACCUCGAGAAGGCGUUUCAGAUUAGAGGUCAUGAGAUUGCUGGUUUUAUGAUCGAGGCCAUCCAAGGGCAGAACGGGUGUCAGCCUGCGAGCAAUGAGUACCUGGUCCAAGUUCGGGAGCUCUGCAAUAGGUAUAAUGUGCUCUUCAUUUGCGACGAGAUUCAGUCCGGCCUUGGUCGAAGCGGCGAAUGGUUCUCGUACCAGGCUUCAGGAGUCAAGCCUGAUAUGGUGGUGCUGGGCAAAUCCCUCUCCGGCGGCUUGUUCCCCAUCUCUGGUGUCUCUGGAAAGAAGGAAGUCAUGGAUUGCUUGACGGGAGAUCAGUACGGCUCGACCUUUGUGGGUAAUCCCUUAGCCUGCACAGUAGGCAUCGCGGCUCUAGAUGUUCUUAUAGAGGAAGAUCUCCCAGCACGAGCAGCCCAUCUAGGGGAAGCAUUUACUCAACGCUGCUCGGCUAUCAAAUCUCCUCAUUUUGACAGUGUCUCAGGUCGGGGCUUGUUUAGGAGCAUGUGGAUCAAUGAGAACCAUCCGCAGGGGCGCAUCACAGCGCAGAAGGUUGCCAAACUAUGUGUUCAACGUGGGCUGCUUGUUAACGCGAGCGGGCGAAGGCUGAGGACCUGUCCAGCACUCAAUAUCGACGAGGGUCUUAUGAUCCAGGGACUGGAUAUCAUUGAGAAGGCCCUGGUCGAUUUGGAAGCGAUGGAUUUUGAGUAG